AUGGAGUCCUACGUGGUGAGCUGUAAAUAUGCUGAGCCGCAGUUCCCGCCUUGUGAAGAAGAUUACAGUAAUUUUACUGACCAAGGGGGGUAUUACAACAACCCCCAGGACAGUGGUAGUUACGGAGGGGGCUAUCAGCCAAUGCAGCCUCCUCCGCCUCCAUACACACCACAACAAACCGGCUAUCAACAUUCUUUGCAGGGUCAUCACCGAGAGGAUGGAGAGGACCACUCGCAGCAUCACGGUGCGACCUACCCGGCCUACAGAGAGUCAGACAGUGCUGGUAAAGAGCGAUUCCCCGUGGGUGACCUGCAGAGCCAGGCCUGGAUGACCUGUGCGACUAAGUCCGCUCAGGUGCAAAGGAAAACGGCCUACCAGGGCAAAGACAAGCCGCCCAUUGUUGUCUACCCGUGGAUGAAGAAAGUGCACGUCGCUCACGUAAAUCCAAAUCACUUGGGCCCGGAGCCAAAGCGGUUGCGGACGGCCUACACGCGACAGCAAGUUCUGGAGCUUGAGAAGGAGUUUCAUUUUAGCCGUUAUCUCACGCGCCGCCGCCGGGUGGAGGUGGCUCACGCGCUCUGCCUGUCCGAACGGCAGGUGAAGGUGUGGUUCCAGAACCGGCGCAUGCGCUGGAAGAAAGACAACAAGCUGCCGAACACCAAAGGAAGGAGCAAGAACAAGAAAGCAACGGACAACAAUAACAACAGCAGCAGCGAUAACGUGAAGGCGGUGAUAAGUGUCUGAAAACUGAAUGCAGGAGCAGAGUUUCGCCGUCAAAGGCAGCCAUGUUAGCACCUUCACCCCAAAACCAAAAUUACUAAAUGGAUUCAGAAUGACUGAUGUCCUCUAACAAUUCUACACUGCUUUAAAAAAAUUCAAGACUAGACAUGCAUAGAUCGACACAAAGCUUUGUGACUUCGUUAAUGUAUUUUGUUUUUAUAUUCUGAUUUAAAUUUCAAAUAAUUUAAAAGUUAUCUUUUAUCUGCAUCUAGUCCCAGUCUUCUAUAUUAUAAACCGAUGAAUAUGGAGUUAGACUGCCUGUUUCCUCUCUGGUGCAAAAAAGAAAUUUGUUUCAUGGCUGGAGAUGCGACAUGAAAGACGCAAAAGCAUGGUGCCUGUAUUUAGUGCCAAGCUCUCUCACGACGAUGAGAGGUUUUUUUUUCCUUCUUUUUUAUUUUAUUUGGAGAAAACAGGGUUUUUAUUUCUACAGGGUAAACAUAAGACAGGGUUGUAUACUACCUAAUAUGCACGUUAUCAAAAUGUUCCACUAACUGGCGCUUUAAGGGUAAGAACAAUAAACAGAAAAACAGCAAACAUCAGCAGAAACAGCUAACUGACUUGCUGACAUGACUUUUUUUCUUAAUGGUUGUAAUAAUGUUAUAGCUUUUCGUAGGAAUGUAGCCAUAUUGUGCAGAUGUAUCUUUCCUUUUUAAAUGUCAAAAACAAUAAUUUGGGGGAUUCAAAAACAGACAAAUUAGAGGUACAGGUUUGCAAUGCACAACACUGACUAAAUCCAGCUCGUUUUCUCAGGUUUACAGGGUUUUAAGAAAAUAACUUCCAGAAAUGUUUGAUAAAGGUUUAGACUGGCCCUCAAAUGUUGCAUAAAAAUACAUGUUUUCUCUUUGAUUCCAGUUUGAUAUGCUAUCAAAGCCUGUACGCCAGUACUUAUCGUUAUUAUUUAGCACCAUAUUUUAUUCCUUCUUA